GGAAGCUUGAAGUUUGGCGUCAUUUCCGUCAACUUCUUUAUUCCGCUGCGUCUGUUAAGAAUUUAGUAACGUUCAUUUUCUUUUUGCAUCCAAUUUGACUAGCCUAACAGAAAUGGCUGCGAAUCAAGAUUAUACGGAGGAUAUGGCACAAGGGGACUUUAGUAAUGAAAGCUAUGGUGACUUUCAAGAAUCAGAAACACAGCAAGUGCAGGAAAAUGCUGAACUAAAUGGAAACGAAGCAAUGGAAGAAGCAACUAAUGGCGAUGGACAUGAAGAUUCCACUUCUCAAGAUCCUUUGGGCAAAGAUGAAGAUCGGAAACUUUUCGUUGGUGGCUUGAGCUGGGCAACAACCGACAAGGAAUUGCGAGAACAUUUUGGCAAGUACGGUGAAAUAGAAAGUAUUACAGUCAAAAUGGAUCCCCAAACAGGGAGAUCAAGAGGUUUUGCUUUUCUGGUUUUCAAGUCUGCUGAAAAUUUAGACAAGGUAAUGAAUGCUGGAGAACAUAUAAUUAAUGGCAAAAGAGUUGACCCCAAGAAAGCAAAAGCCCGUUCUGGAAAGAUAUUCGUUGGUGGAUUACCUCAAGAUACCACAGAAGAAACUAUUCGUUCAUUUUUUGGAACCUUUGGAAAUAUUGUAGAAAUUGAAAUGCCAUUUGAUCGUGUCAAGAACCAAAGAAAGAAUUUCUGCUUUAUUACAUACGACAACGAGAAUGUUGUAUUUGACCUACUGAAAACGCCAAAACAAGUCAUAAAUGGAAAGGAAGUUGACGUCAAGAAAGCAACUCCCAAACCAGAUUCCUUUGGCCCACCAGCAAUGAGAGGUGGAAGAGGUGGUCCAGGUGGUAUGCGAGGCGCUCCACGAGGAAGAGGAGGUUGGGGCGGUUGGGGUGGUCAAGGCGGCUAUGCAGCUGGAGGAUACGGAGCUGGUUACGCAGGAGGAUACGGCGGAGGCUAUGGUGGCGGCUACGGAUACGGCGAAGGAUAUGGAUAUGACUACUACGGAGGUGGAUAUGAUUCGUACGGAGCUUACGGUGACUACAGUUACGGCGGAUAUGGUUAAGAUUAAUUUUUAAAUGCGGUCAAGGGCAACAAUACAGCGGAGGUAAACAGCGCGGCGCUGGACGCCAGGCGCCGAGACACCAACCUUAUUAAGAAUGUUAAUCGAUCCGGUCCUGCAAUAGAAAUGCCAUGUCUUUUUUCUUUGUUUUUUUUUUCUCCCUCAUUGACAGGACACUGUACAAACAGUUUUAUUGUCUGCACCUCUUUCUCAAUUUGGUAUAAACCUGUCUCAUUUUAUUUGUCACUCGAAACAAUCGAUCAACUUGAUUACAUUCUGAAUCAGUGGAAAA